GGGACUAGCUGGCACCACAGUGAAAUAUCAGCCUCGAAAUGUGACUUUCCGGAAUGAAUAAUUGAGGAAGGGAAGGAGCUUGAGCGUGUAAAACAAAUCCCGAAUGAUCCAAGGAUGUUUCACCCAGAUGCGCGUUGCUUACGUUUGGAUGUGAUUUUGCUUAGUGUGAUGAGUCUGGUUUGGAUGAGUAGUUUUGCCAAAACUUCUUCGGACUUUUCCGGAUACAUGUCAAGGGUUUUGAGGAAUUACACAGAGCAUGCAUGUGACGGAGAAUAUAUCUCACUGCGAUGUCCCCAUAGAACAACAAUCAGUAUCCAGUCUUCAUUUUAUGGUAGGAAGGCACCCAGCCACCAGAUGUGCCCAUCACGCUACGCACAGUCUUUUAAAGACCUUGAAAUGGAAGAUAUGUCCUGUUCAGCUAUCACAUCCUUGCAGAAAAUGUUGGAUGAAUGCCAGGACAGAAGGAGUUGUCAGCUUCUUGUCAAUAGUAGAAUAUUUGGGACAGACCCUUGUCCUGGAACCAGCAAAUACCUCAUGGUAUGGUACAAGUGCCGGCCAAAUGAAUAUAAGAGUAAAGUGGCUUGUGAGGAUGACAAACUACGUCUGAACUGUAAACGGAGUAUGGUGAUAGCCAUCUACUCCGCUAUCUUUGGCCGGUCACAAGAAGGAAACUUGGAAUGUCCUUACUGGAACGUUGGAGUUCCAGCUAUAGACUGCCAGUCAACCUUAGCUUUACAGAUUAUGACGAAACGAUGCCACAGGAAGAGAAGUUGCAGUGUAUAUGCCAGUUCCUAUGAGUUUGGUGAUCCCUGUUAUCCAGGCAUCCGCAAAUUCCUCAAUGUUAUCUAUACUUGCGUGCCUAAGAAAUUGCUGGAUGAAACCAACCCCAAGACAACUCACUAUAAAGGGAUUCAGCAGCUCAAUUUUCCACCAGACCACAAGCCUUAUGAUCGUAACAUUGUAGGAGAUGGUGUCUUUUCCCAAGAUGAGUUUCCUUUUAUAACAGAGACAUCUUUGCCAGAAGAAAAGAAGAAAGGAAGAUCAGCCUUUAAUUACCCGAUGGACACUAAACCCCUACCUUUCCCAGUGGAUGAGAGUGAUAAACAACUUCUGGAAACAAGGGGCAUUCGGACUGAGAUGGCAUUAUUAAGCAACAUUCUGGAAACCUAUUCCUAUGUCAUAGAGAAUCCCGAGAAAACUGCUUUAUAUUUCCUGUCUGGCGUGUGCAUUGGACUGCUACUAACACUGUGCGCUCUGGUAGUGCGGAUAUCCUGUCAGACAGACUUGAAGAAAUCUGUGGUUAAGAGUACAGAUGAGGAGGGCAGUAAUGAUGAUGAUGACAGUGAGGAUGAUAACUCUGACACUACCUCUGAUCUGUCAGCCAGGCGGCACCGCCGCUUUGAGAGAACUUUAAACAUGAAUGUUUUUACCUCAGCAGAGGAACUGGAACGGGCUCAGAGGUUGGAAGAAAGAGAGCGGAUAAUUAGGGAGAUCUGGAUGAACGGUCAGCCAGAUAUUCCUGCCACUAGAAGCUUGAAUCGCUAUUACUAAUAUGCUAUCUAGAUCAGCAGUUGUUGAUAUGGUAAUGAUUCAGAAGACAAUGGUGCUUUCGGUACUCAACAGCUGUGCAAGACUGGAACUAUAUUUGUCCUCAGCUCUGGGUGCAUCUCCCAAACAAUAGCUGGUGUAAAGAAUAUUCAUUUCACUGAACAUUUGGAAGAACUUCUCACAAUGUUCAAGCUAACGUGUUUGACAACUGAAGACCACAUUGUUGCCCAUAUCCACUGAUUCAUCAACAUUGAUUCAAAGAAUUUCUUAUUUAACAGAUAUAUAGAUCUAUUUUCUAGCAGCAAAUCUGGUCUGGGGCCUCAGGGAUAAAAUCCUGUUAUUUCAUUUGUUUAAAUAGAAUGGUGAAUUUUCAUAUCUUGCAGAAUGUUACAAAAGCUUGUGGGUGUGGGGGAGCAAAACAACCUCAAGGAGGCUGGACAGUGAUUUUCAGGAAAUACACAGGAACGUGCCUUUGCCUUUCUAACUUGAUACUGACAAUUGGAAAGUGCUUCAUCAAAAUUUGGUGUUUUGAAGUAACUUUUAUAAAUUGCAAAAAAGAGGAUAUAUGAAUGUAACAUACCAAAGAUGAGUUAAACAAGGUCAAAAUGUGUUCUUCUAUUGGUUGAAUAUUGACAAAAAGAAAUGAAUGGAAAUCCAUUUCUAAACGUUGCUUUUCUUCUUGUAUCCCUUUGCUCAAAUUGUUGGAAACUAUGAAAAGCAGUACAAAAUAACCAAGUCAGUGUGCCCACUUUUCUAGGCAUCUGCUUAGGUUUUUUUUUAAAAUAUAUACCCCAGGUUAUCAUAGUUAUAAGAAUAAUGAAAAAGAAAUCAAAAUGCUAGAAACGGAUGUCUGAUGAACUUUCAACUGCCUUUCUCCUCCUAAUUCAGACAAGCUGCAUGUUUCUAGUAUUUUCUUUCAGUUCUACAAGUCACAUUGACAUUGCAGUUUACUCAGAAUUAAGUACUGUCAACCAUUCCUGCUCAGCUUUGAGAUGCUGGGGAACUGAAGAUACAGGCAGACUGCCGACCAAUCCUCAUAAAGGAAAUCAUUUAUCUAAUAAUUACCAAAAUCUCUUUGACGUUACACUUUUGUGAUGGGUUAGUAAGGUUUGUAUAUUCAUAACCUUAGCCACAAAACCCUGACAAAAUCCUUGAUAUUUUACUGUGUAAAAAUAAGUUGUCAUUUUAAAAAAAACA